AUUGAUGGAGCAAGGUAAAUAUUAGCAGAUUAAAAGUAUAGCAAUGACUUUACCAUUUAUGUUCAAGCUCUAAGAGGGAGGCUUGUCUGAGGAUUGUGGAAGAAGUGAAAACGUACUUUUCUUGUCAGGAUUUCCAGAAUGGAAUUUAAAUUAUUCGCCUUCAUCACCUUAAUCUGUACACCAGGUUUAUAUGCAUUGACCGUAGUUUCACCUAAAAACCCUGUGGCAGUGGGCAGCAAUGUGACUCUAAGCUUGAAUGACUCAAAGGCCAUUCCAGUCGGGAGCUGGCUGUAUGGGCCAACUGUAUUGGUGGUCUGGUUCCCAGGAGAUUCUUUAGUGGGUAGCAGCUUCAAUAAGGAAAUAGCAUUCAACAACAUUACAUAUGAACUCACCUUAACUUCAGUAACUCUACGCAGUUCUGGCCUAUAUGUAAUAGAGUCCUUAAAACCACUGCUGAGCAAAGGAGAGUUUAGAUUGGAAGUUCAAGAACCUGUAAGUAAUUUGUCUUUAAACAUAAGCAACACAAACCUGGUGGAGUUUAACGAAAGCAUGACAUUCACAUGCUCUGCCAGAGGCACGCCAACAUGGUUUUCAUGGCAGAACGGCAGCACUGUGGUCACGGCUGGAGGAAGAGUUGAGCUCAGGAAUGAUGGACAAGUGCUUGCCAUUAAUAGUGUGAUGCGGUAUGACCAAGGGCCAUUCAAGUGUAUUGUGGCAAACAACAUCAGCAAGGAAGAGAGUACACAAAUUACCCUCACUAUAAGCUAUGGGCCCAGUAACCUGACAAUUACAGCCUUGCCAGAGAAAACGGCAUAUGCUUCAGACUCUGCCAUUUCCAUGACAUGCUCUGCGGACUCCAAGCCAACAGCUUCUUUCUACUGGACAUACAAUAAGGUUCCUCUCAAUGUCAAUGGUCCAAAUAUUAAACUUACUAACACUACCCAGAACCAAACGGGACAGUACACCUGCAUUGCCCAAAAUGCAGUCACACUCAGAUAUGAUGCAGUGACCAAAACCAUUCGUAUAGUUGAUCCAAUAUCAUCAGUGGUGGUAAACCCUUCAGCUGGCAACCCAAUAAAAAACAUGCCUUUUCGUCUGACCUGUGAUGUUGUGGGGCCAGAGGACUCCAUUCACUGGAUUAAGAAUGGCAUGUACCUGUUACCCGACAAUAAGAUCACUCUCUCCAGUGACAACUCAACCUUAAACUUUAACCAGCUUACUCACAAUGAUGAUGGACAAUAUCUGUGUGAAGCUAGUAAUGCUGUCAGCAGCAUGACCAGCUCGGCCUACAACCUUAUAGUCAACUAUGGUCCAUGGAACACAUCAAUCUCCGGUCCAGCUAUAGGAGCUGCAGGGUCCAAUGUGACCUUCAGCUGUUCUGCUAUCUCUCAUCCUCAAAGUCAAUUCAGCUGGUUCUUCAACAGCUCAAAAGUGGCAGAGGGCUCAGUGCAUGUGACAGGAGUUCUCUCAUUAAACAAUGCUGGACAGUACACCUGCAUGGCAUUCAAUAAUAUCACAGGCAGCAGCAGCAAUGCUUCAGUACAAUUAACUAUAAAAUAUCCACCCAGAGAUGUUGUGGUGUUCAGCAACCAGCAACCAAUUUUUAAUCAGUCAUUCACACUAACCUGUCAUUACAAAGGAGAUGUUGACUCCAUUCAGUGGAUGAAAAAUGGUAUGUCCCUGUUACCCGACAAUACGAUCACUCUCUCCAGUGACAACUCAACCUUAAACUUUAACCAACUUACUCACAAUGAUGAUGGACAAUAUCUGUGUGAAGCUAGUAACGCUGUCAGUAGCAUGACUAGCUCAGCCUACAACCUUAUUCUCAACUAUGGUCCAUGGAACACAGCAAUUACUGGUCCAGCCAUGUCAGAGAUAGGGUCCACUGUGACCUUCAUCUGUUCUGCUAACUCUUAUCCUCAAAGUCAAUACAGCUGGUUCUUCAACAGCUCAAAAGUGGCAGUCGGCCCAGUGUUUGUGACUGAAGUUCUUUUACCAAACAACAGCGGACAGUACAUCUGCAUGGCCUUCAGUAACAUCACAGGCAGCAGCAACAAUGCCUCAGUGGUGUUCACUGUAAUUGAUGGUGUCACAGUGAGUGUGAGCUCCAAUCCUCUCAUUCCUCUGGCCUCUCAAAACCUGCAGCUCUUCUGUAAUGUGGAUGGACACUACAACAGCCUCCACUGGCUUCGAAACAAUCAGACUUUCCAGGCAUCAAACAGAGUUACAAUCUCAGUAGAUAACACAACUGUGAACUUCAAACCUCUGCAGACUUCUAACAAUGGGAAAUACCAGUGUGUUGCCACAAACAUAUUCAAACAGCACAUCAGUCAACCAUACAGUCUUGUGGCAAACUCACCUGGUGCUGCUGUCAGUGUCCAGGCGAGUGUGUUGCUGACUGCUCUUUUCACUCUCCUGCUCCCUGUGCUGCAUGAAUAAUGGAUGGCUAUAAUAUUGAUAUUAAUGUCGAGUUGUCUGUCAGGCCAGAAUGAGGACCUACUGUCUAAAAGAGGUAAUAUUGAGAAAUACUGUAGAUCACUAAUGACAAAAAUUGACACUAAUUUUUUAACUUUUCUGUGGGGUUGCACAGUCCAGAUUAGCUUCAUUAAAUGCAUCUUAAUUCCUUUUUCUAUCUAUCUUUCUAUUUAUUACUAUUAUUAAUUUGACAGUAAUUUAUGAAUUACUAAUUUAAUGCUGUUAGAAUUAUAUGCUAUUUCUCUUUAGAUCUGCUAAUCUAUUGUCUGCAGUAGGUAAAUUAAUCUAGGCUGGAUAAUUUGGAAUUGUAGCAGAAUAUAAAUUAUCUUCUGGAGAGGUUACAUGCACCAAAUUUAACCAAAGAUUAUCUAAAUUCAAGGGCGUAGAUUUGGCUUGAACACUGGGUGGGGGGUUAGAAUGUUUAUUUAUGUUCUGUAAUCAUAAAUUCUGUUCUUAGGUAAAAUUGUAAUUCUACUGCUUGAUUAUUGCAAAAAAUAUAUAUAAAUGUAUAAUGAUUUUUUAAAAUGAUCUGAAGACCAAAAAUGUGAAAAUGCUAUAUAUUUUAUCUAUUAAAAUAAA